ACGUGUCUUCGCUGUGUUUUUGUUGGGGGACGAACAUGGCGCAGACGGACGGACAUUGCUGAGGGGAUUGCACGCACAUAAGCAGAGGAAUAAUUUUGGAAGAGGAAGAUUUUGUGCGAUGCGAGUGUGAAAUGGUCUCAAUCUCGAUUUGGACCGUUUCUAUCGCCUCAUUGAUGACUAAAAGGACACCAGGGCUGAGGAAUACGUUCACUGGCAUUCAUAAACAUUUCUAUAGGACUUCAAACCCCUGAGUGUGGUGGAGGAGGUGGUGGUGGUGGUGGUGGAUAUACCCAAUCAAUCUGUGCUUGUGUGAGAUACAGGAGGCCCACGGGACGCAAUGGCUGGAAAUAUGAACGCAAAUUAUGAUCUUCCGCAGGGUGUAGAGAGGCUGAAAGAGGAGCACAGAAAGGUGGUGAAAGACUGCAAAGGACAGAUAACACAUUGGAAAAAAGUGGAGAAAGACUAUGAAAGCUUGCAAGAGCGCCUUGUCACUUUACCCGAUAAGCUAUCUUAUGAUAUAAUGGUACCUUUUGGCCCUUUGGCUUUCAUGCCUGGAAAGCUGGUUCACACCAAUGAGCUCACAGUUCUCCUUGGAGAUAACUGGUUUGCAAAGUGCUCUGCUAAGCAGGCUGAGACGCUUGUAGAACACAGAAAGAAACAUGUAAAAAAUAAACUUGAUGAUUUGCACAAAGUCAUGAAAAACUUUCAAAGCAGAGCAGGCUUCACAGAAGAUCUGGAAAAAAUGACUAAUGAUAAUGGGGAUUUUGUGGACAUUAAAGAGAAGGUGGAAGAAGAGGAAGCUGGAACCAAAGGUAAGCAUCGUGUGGCCCACAAGCCCAAGUCCAAGCCUAAAGAAGAGUAUGUGGUGCAGUUAGAAGAGGAGAGGGAAGAGGAAGAGGAAGAAGAAGAAGCAGAAGGAGAAGAUGGAGAGAGCAGUAAAAGAGUGUUGUCUGAGGAGGAACUGUGGGCUCGGCUUGAUGAGCUGGAGCGCAUGGAGGAUGAGCAGGAUGAGCGAGACAGAAUGGACAGCACAGACACUAAUGGAGAGGACACUAGUUCAUCUUCAUCAGAGGAAGAAAAAGAAGCAGAGGCUGGCAGAGAAGCUCAAGUCAAUGGUCAGAGCCAGUGUGAGAACCAGGCUUCUGUUUCGCAUAUAGUCCAGGUCAACGGCAUCGCCAAGCCACAGCAUGAUGAAGAGGCAAAGGAAGAUGAUGAUGAGGAGGAGGAAGGCAGCAGCCUGCCAACUAUCUACUUCUGUCACACAGUUGAGCCCAAAAAAGUGCGAAUAAACACUGGAAAGAACACCACUCUGAAGUUCAGUGAUAGAAAAGAGCAGAAACAACAAGGAAAGCGUAAAAAGAAAAAUGGCAAAACCAACAGCCACUCGAUUCAAGAGCAUCAUAAGAUCACAAGUCCUUCUGAUAUCUACAGGGUAUUUGUGGAUGUGCUGAAUGGCGAGCUUGUCCCGAGGAAGUCCAUUCUAAAGUCACGCAGUCGAGAGAACAGUGUGUGCAGUGACACUAGUGAAAGCAGCACAGCAGAUUUUGAAGAGCGGCGCACCUUUUUCGGCCGUGCACAAAGCCACGACGAUGCCACCCACAGUGAUGCCAGUGAUGGGAUUACCGAAGAGGACAGCCCUAGCAUAAGCCUUUACCCUAAUGGACGCUUUGAGGCUUUUUCAGGCACAGUGGUCGAGAAAGAUCCACUGCCCUCAUCUAUUCCUCACCUGACCAUCGCCCCUCCAGCCCUGCCCACCAUCCCUGAAAGGAAGCAGGAAGAAGUGAGCUCAGAAGUGCCCCAGGAGCCCAUUAAAAGGGUGUCGAAAUUCAAAGCUGCUCGACUGCAGCAGAAGUGACCAUCGUUCCCCAAAGUCUAAUGGUUUCUUUCCUUUCAUUUUUUUAUAUAGAAGAAGCUCGUUUUUUGUAUGGCUAACACUUGCAGGCUACAUUCUUUAUCUGUGCUGCUGUGCUUUACUGUCUUUCUUGAGUCUGUUCAGUGUGUUUCUACUGAAUUUGCUCUGUGUGCUAUGCAUCUUAACAUAUCUUGCUUUUUUUGGUCUUUUAAGGGUAAUGGCAGUGGGAGGUGUUGCCCAGCACAACCUUGCGCAGUGUCUCUUCUCUGCUAUAUUGUCCUAGCACUUUGUUUGUGGCAACUUGUCCACCUAUUCAUACAUCCUUCUCAUUCCUCAUCUGCCUUGUGUGUUCCUGCAGACCACUUAAGUGAACAUAGAAAUUAGAUUUCUAAUGCUACCAAUUUCUUUAAAUAAGUUAUGUGGUCUAAUUGAUUCACUAGAUGCUGUGAAGACCUGCCUCACCCUUGAGAUGUUUUGUUUAUUUCAUCAGCUCUCACUCUGCUUUACCUUCUUUAUUCUUUCUAUUUAGUUCAUUUUCCACAUGUUUUGCUCUGUCUCCAGUUUUUGAAUGUAGACCAGCUUUUUGUGACCGCCUUCAAAUGUUGUUAACUGGAAAGAAAAUAAAUAAUUUUGCCAAGAAAA